CGCGGGUCCCUUUUCGAAAAAAUAAAAUUCGCUUAAGUCAAUUUUUUAAAAAAAAUAAAACCCUGUAAAGGGAAAAAGUUCUCCAAAGAGUAGGAUUAAAUUGUCACCUGUUUUUCUUUUUUUUUGCCAAAUUUGUGCCCUCCUUGGUACGUUCUUUACGCAUAUAUCAUAUAUACUUCUGCCUAUGGUACAUAUACGCAAAUAGGAAUCCCUACGCAGGGCCGCUUCCUCACGUACAACACGCGAAAUAGCGCCAAGGGGAACUCCCUUUGCGGGGCUUCGCGUAGACCCCCACCAUAUAAGCCGCUAAAAAGUAACGAACUGAUGGAGGAGGAAAAAACCAAAACAGAACCGAGUGACCCUACUAAUAAUGAUGAUGCAGUAAUUACCAGUAACGACAACGGGAAGAAGGACGAACACGAAAAUGUGGUAAAGCAAAAUGAAAAAGUGAAGAAAAGGGGAGAGAAAAGAAAAUUGAACUCAAGCGAGCGUCAAAAUGGAAGUCACAAUGGUGCAGAGGAUCAUCUCAUUUCCACGGACGAGUUGGAGCAUGGCGAUAGUGUCGACGGGGGGUCCAAGGAGCACAAAGACGGUUCGGGAGAAUCUGCGUCGGAUGGCGCGGAAGCGAGCUCUAAUGGGUGUGAUGAGCAGGAAGGUGCUGACGGAGGUUCAGACGCAGAUGCCGCCUCAGGUGCCAACCACAACGUUGAGGGGAACCCCCCCUCCAAGGUCGAAACGAAAGAAACGUUCUACAGCCAAACCAAGUUCGAAGACUUAGACAUAUGCGAGGCGCUAAAAAAGGGAUUGAAGGAGCUGAAUUUUGUAACGCUCACAGAAAUUCAAGCCAAAUGCAUUCCGCAUUUUUUAAACGGAAAAGAUAUUCUUGGAGCAGCCAAAACAGGGUCAGGCAAAACGCUAGCAUUUCUAGUGCCCUCCAUAAAUAUUUUAUAUAAUAUAAAAUUUUUACCGAAAAAUGGCACAGGAGUUUUAAUAAUAUCGCCCACCAGAGAAUUGUGCCUUCAAAUUUAUCAAGUAUGUAAAGAUCUGUGUAAAUAUAUCCCCCAGACGAAUGGAAUAAUCAUUGGUGGGAUGAGUCGAAAUGAAGAAAAAAAAAAAUUUAUUCAUGGCAUAAACAUACUAAUUGCAACCCCGGGCAGACUGCUCGACCAUAUGCAGAACACGAAAGAAUUUAUUUACAAAAAUUUGAUCUCGCUCAUUAUAGACGAAGCCGACAGGUUGCUUCAAAUUGGUUUUGAGGAGGAAAUUAAUUUAAUUGUGAAAAGGUUACCCAAGAAAAGACAAACGGCCCUAUUUUCAGCUACACAGACAACCAAAGUUGAAAAUCUGAUAAGGCUUUCUCUGCAGAAGCCUAUAUUUAUAGAAGUAACGACGAAGAUUGCCACAGUGGAAAGGCUGCAACAGGGAUAUGCCUUAGUUGAUGAAGAUAAAAGAUUUCUCCUUCUAUUUACAUUUUUAAAAAGAAAUAUUUCAAAAAAAAUUAUGGUUUUCUUUAACAAUUGCAUGUCCGUUCAGUUUUACAACGAUUUGUUAAAUUAUAUUGACAUUCCCACCUUUUGUAUUCAUGGGAAGAAGAAACAGAACAAACGACUUAAAAGUUUCAGCGAGUUUUCCGCUGCCCAAAGUGCUAUUCUGCUUUGCACAAAUGUGGCAGCCAGAGGGCUGGACAUCCCGAAUGUUAAUUACAUUAUUCAGUAUGACCCCCCAGAUGACUCCAAGGAAUAUAUCCAUCGAGUAGGGAGAACGUGCAGAGGGAAAGAUUCAAGUGGAUCAGCUAUCAUAUUUCUGAUGAAGCACGAAUUAAAAUUUUUAAACUAUUUAAAGUUUUAUAACAUCCCAAUUAAUCAGUUUGCCUAUGACCCAAGUAAAUUAAUAAACGUCCAGUCACACAUAGAGUCCAUCGUCACUAAAAACUUCCACUUGCACAAGAUGGCUCGGGAGGCCUUCAAGUCGUAUUUGAAUGGGUACAUCACCUACGCGCUGAAGGACGUCUUUGACGUGAACAACCUGAAUUUGCUGCUGACUUCGAAGAACUUCGGGCUGGAGGCCCCACCAAAAGUUGAUUUAAAUUUAAAACUGAAUGUUAAAAAGAGGAAGUUUAAGUAG